AUGGUCGAUGGAGAGCCUCCUCUCCCUGCCCUGCCUGUACCGGAGACCUUUCCCUUUCCUUAUCCGCAACCAUACGAGAUCCAGCUGGAUUUGAUGCGGACCGUCUUUCGCGCGAUUGAAGAGCGAAAGAUUGCGAUACUCAUGUGUUUCCAGGUUGAAUCUCCGACGGGGACCGGCAAAUCCUUGACCCUGCUGACCUCUACCCUCUCCUGGCUGGCUGCCAAUCGCAGACGGCUGGAUCAAGCUGCUGAGGACAGCUUGCGACUUCGCCUCACCGCAGACGACCCUGACGAUCCACCAUGGGUGAUCGAGCACGCCCUCAAGUCUCGCUUAACCGACCUCAGAGCCGCCCAAGAAGUACAGCGGACUCGCCUCGCUGAAGCUCGGGAGAAGGAACGGCAGCGGCGGAAGAAGGCAACAGGGGCGUUCAGAGGAGCGAAGCGGGUCAAGGUGGACCAUGAUACCGUGGUCGGGGCAGGAGACAAGGGCGAUGAGGAGUUCAUGCCGGAGGAUACUGCAGGCGGGGAUGGGACAGGCGUAGAUACGGAAAGCGAGGGAGGGAACUUGUCCAAGGAGGUCAGGGCGCUCAUGGCUAAAUAUGAGUCUGGACGGCCGAAGAUGAUCGAGGUGGAGAAGGAAGACGAUGUACCCAAGAUCUACUAUACCUCACGUACCCAUACUCAGCUUCGACAGCUGACAGCCGAGCUUCUGAAGACAUCCUUCCCUGCUAAGAUCGACUCCAACGAUCGACCAUCCAUGUCACGGACCACCUCAACCAUCCCGGACGCCGCGAAGGAAGAGGAAGAAGGAGUCAGCCUUGUCCCGCUCGCUUCACGUCGGCAGCUCUGCAUCAACCCAAAAGUGCAGGCGUUAGGCAAGAAGAGCGGGGACGAGCGGAUGAACGAGGCCUGUCUGGACAUGCAGAAGAGCGGGUCUGGCGGGCGGUGUGACUUUUUGCCAAAGAAGGAUGAUGAGGCGGGGAUGCUGGAUAUGCGGGAUGCGGUACUUGUGAGUGUCUCCGAUAUCGUGGCUUUAGGGAAGGAGACUUGUGUAUGCCCUUACUACGCUACUCGAAGGGCCGUCAGACAGUCACAGCUGGUCACUCUACCUUACAACCUCCUCCUUCAGAAGAAUGCCCGCGAAGCCCUCGAUAUCGAUCUCACGGACCAGAUCAUCGUCAUCGAUGAAGCGCAUAACCUCAUCGACACCCUCAUCUCUAUCCACUCUACCAUCCUCACCGCCUCGCACAUCUCCCAAGCUACAUCCCAACUCACACAAUACCUCGCCCGCUUCCGCACGCGCUUAAAACCCGUACACGCCCUCUGGAUCCGGCAGACUUUAUCAGUCCUCUCCGGCCUCGAGAGGAUCUGUACCGCUUUUGCGACGGAGUCGAGCAAAGACAAGGGGAAGGCGGGCGGGGAGAUGCUGGAUACGAUCCAGCUGAUGAGUCGGCUAGGGGGCUCGAAUGACCAGGUGAACUUGCUGGAGAUGGUCAAGUACUUGAGGGAGAGUAAGCUAGCUAGGAAAGUUAGCGGGUUCGCGGAGAAGACGGCAGAAGAGGUAGCAAAAAAAGGCAAGACCGUCAGCAACUCAGCAGUAAAACACGCCUCGAUAGCCGCCUUUCAUCAAGUCGAGGCAUUCCUCUUAUCCCUCACGGACGCACGGGAUGAUGGACGGAUCAUCCUAUCUACGGAAGACCGAGGAGGAAAGCCGACCGUCACGAUGAAGUACAUGCUCCUCAACCCGGCCGAACGAUUCAAGGAGGUGGUUGAGUCAGCGCGAUGCGUGAUCCUGGCCGGCGGGACGAUGGAGCCUAUUAGCGACUUCAUGUUGCAGCUCUUCCCCUCCAUCCCUCGGGACCGCUUCUCGACCCUGUCCUGCUCUCAUGUCAUCCCGAAGCAUAACCUCCUCACUCAGGUGGUACCGAUGGGACCGAGGAAGAUGGACUUUGAGUUCAAAUUUGCGAAUCGAGGGGAUGAACAGUUGCUUGCAGAACUUGGCGCCGUGAUUGGUUCGACGAUCGGCCUCGUACCAGACGGUGUCGUGGUGUUCUUGCCAUCGUACGCGUUUCUCGACAAGGUCAAGGCGGUCUGGGGCAAGUCUGGGCUCCUGGAACGGCUCAGCCAGAAGAAGCAGAUCUUCUACGAACCCCAAACGUCUUCCGAAGUCGAUCAGACCCUGCGAGACUAUGCACACGCUAUCACUUCCACCUCGACCUCAACUUCUUCGCCUAUCAGUAGCGCCACUACCCCACUCAAGUCCACCACCAAAGGAGCCCUGCUCUUCGCUGUGGUCGGUGGCAAGCUGUCCGAGGGUAUCAACUUCUCGGACAAUCUCGGGCGAUGCGUUAUCAUGGUCGGUUUGCCAUUUGCGAACAUGGGCUCUGUGGAGUUGAAAGAGCGGAUGAAGUAUGUCGAGGGAUUACCUGGGGCCGGUAAGGACGCGGCGAGGGAGAUGUACGAGAAUCUGUGUAUGCGCGCCGUCAAUCAGUCCAUCGGACGCGCGAUCCGGCAUGCCAACGACUACGCUACGAUCCUGCUCGUCGACAAGCGGUAUGCUACGCACCGGAUCCGCUCCAAGCUGCCCAAGUGGAUCGGGGAGGACGUGCAAGUACCGCAGGACUUUGCUGGGGUGGCCAAGGGGAUCGCUGCGUUCUUCAGGGAGAAGCGAGAGAGGGGAUUGCGGUGA